UCUCCUCAGCGCGGCGGCUGCGGUGGUUCUACCCAAGAAAUUAAACCCGAACAUCGCCGCCGGCCACCUGGCAUCUACCUUCGAAGGAGGAAGCAGCCUCAUGGAGGUCGUCAACGGCGCGACGGCCGAGGAAGGGAGGAAGCCGCUGUCCGAGAUGGUGGACGACUGCGUGCAGCGCUGGUUCCAGGACACGCUCAAAGAGGCGCGCCGCGGCGACAGCGCCAUGCAGGUGCUCGUCGCGCAGAUGUAUAACUCCGGCUACGGAAUCCCCAGGAACGAGCACAAGGGAAGACAAUGGAUGGAGAAGGCAUCAAGAUAUAGGUCUUCGGUCUGGAAGGUCGGCACAAAACGUCCAGGAUAUAAUGCUAGUGACUCUGAUUCUGAUGACGGAAAUGAUGAUAUCAACCAAUAGCAAUCAAUUACGAAAAAGUGUGUGGUUAGAAGAAUGCAAGGGCAAUGAUAAACACUACCAACUUGCAUGAGGUUGGGACUGCUUUUGAUUGGACUCUGCUGUGUGGAGUGGAUAAGAUUUUGUAAUCUUCUUCGGAUACUUGAAGGAUACAUUGUAUUCAGCAUCUGCUUAGAAAAACAGAAACUCUAUUCAUCUUAGUUAUGUUUCCGACUUUCCGUUAUACAGGUUCAUUCUUUUGUUCAUUUCCUAGUAAAAGAUAACUUUUAACUUGUUCAGAUAUCCCUUUCUUGGAUUCUUCUUGGUUGGAA